AUGAGUGUAAAACGUAGCGGGGAACAAUUGCUACCGAUAGGUCUAUUGUUUGUGAUAUGCUUCCUGUCAAUAUUACAUCAUGCCAGCUGUUCAAUUAAUGUGAAAAAUAUUUACAACUUUGGUAACGCUGACAACAAUGGUUUUAAUUUCUAUUACCCAACAUCAAUCGGAUAUCCAGCAGAACCCAACUCUUAUCUUUCCACUUUAUUCUUCAACGGCUCUGAAUCUUACAGAUUGACAACUGGCAUUCAAGCACGUGACGUUUCUGUCAAGCUUCAACAAAUAGUUCCAGCAACUUAUUCAAUUUACUACAUUCUACAAUACUCCAACACAACCACAUCCAUGCCAAUCAAUCAAACAAUUCUCGUAAGUGGAGGAAAUCCAAAAACUUCACCACCAAAAAUUUUCACACUUCCAGAACCAACAUACAUCUAUACAGAAGAAGGAAAGAAUGAAAAUCCAUUCAUUACUGGUAACAGAACUGUCACUAAAAUGGUUUGCUUAUUUUCAUGUUUAAUUUUGACAAGUGAUGGAAAAGUUUUCAUUCAAGAAUAUCUUGACACGUCUAAUUCAAUGACACCUUGGACAGAAACAUUCAUUCUCAAUAAUUACAUCAAUCAAGAUGAUUUUCAACCUUAUCAGAAUGUAGAAAUUGUUGAUAUUGAAAUUUGUGGUUAUAUUUAUUGCCAAACUUAUUUUGCACUUACUAAUUAUGGACAUGUUUUCAGUUUUGGAUGUGGAGAUUAUAUUAGAGGAGUAGCAACUGCUAUUAAUAGUUAUGUGAUUAAUCAGAUUGCUUCAUUGCAAAAUAUAGUUUCGUUAAGUGGUUCGAAAUCUUCCUAUUCUAGUGGAAGGUCAGUAAUGGCAGCAAUUGAUAAGGAUGGUAAAUUAUAUACGUGGGGAAGUAAUUAUCGUGGAUCUAUGGGUGUGAAUGAUACUUCUCUUGAUUAUACUGAAACACCUAGACAAGUCACAUUGCUUCCUUCAAAAGUCAAAAAAAUUCAUUUUGGAGUUUCACAUGCCUUGACAAUUUUGGAAAAUGGAAAUGUGUAUGUGUUUGGUGAUAAUGAUGCACAACAGUGUGAUCCAAGUGCUGGACAGGUUGUUUGGGUUCCAAGAAAAAUGAGUUACAUUAAUUCGAAUGUUACCGAAUGUUAUGCUUCUGGUUUGAUUUCGGCUUGUAUUAUUGGUGGAAAUUUGUAUUCUUGGGGAUAUGGAAGACAAGAUAAUUAUGGACAUGAUUUUUAUGGUCCAAAUUUUGAUAAGAUUGUAAUGAUGAAUGGUGGAAACUUGACGAAAGUUGGGUUUACAGAUGCAAAUGGAGUUUCAGUCACUUCUGAAGGGAUGGCAUAUGUUUGGGGAACAAAUAGAGAUGGAAUAUUGGCUAAAGGUGAAGAAAGAGAGAUUCGUUAUCCUAGAAAUUUGACAAUUCCAUCAAUGAACAUUUCGAACAGUGUUUCGAUUAUUUCUGCCAAAUCGAAUGGAGAUUGUUCAGUGAUAAUUUCAAAAUCUAAUGGAAAUAUCACUUCAAUGGAGUAUUGGGGACUCUGCUCUGGACUCUUCCCAUCUUCUAUAUUACCAGUUAAGGAAAGUUUAAUUUCGUCCAACUUGACGAAACAAGAAAUAGUUUCAAUCGAAUUGGGAAACCAAGUUGGAUUCAUUCUGCUUUCGAAUGGAGAUUUGUAUGGUUGGGGAUCCCCAGCUUACCAAUUCUCUCUUCCAAUUACCUUCACUUCAAGUCCACAACUUUUCUAUUCGAAUGUUGAAAAAUUCGCCUUAAUAGGAGACGACAAUAUUUUCUUCUUGAUGAAAAAUGGAAGUGUCCUUGGAAUUGGUAGAAAUUCCAAUUAUCAAUUUGGAUUUGGUGUAAAUGCUCCAACAGUUUUCAAUUCAUUUACCAUGUUAGAUAUUUCCUUUUUAGGAGUUGGUGAAAGAGUUGUGGAUUUGAAAGUAAUAACCUAUGCAGCAACAUUGCUAUUAUUAACCAAUCAAGGAAAUGUGUAUGGCUGUGGAAAUAAUGAUAAUUCAAAAUACUUGUCAUUGAGUUCAGAAACAAAUAUUGUAAACUUUAUUCGAGUUAAUGGAGAUGUCAAAGUUAGGCAAUUGGUUACAGGAGGUACUUCUUCUAUGCUUCUUAUCUCAACAAUUGGAAAGCCUUAUUAUUUUUAUGGUCAACCCUAUCCCAUCAUAUUACCUUCCGAUGAUUCGUAUGUAGUUUCGGGCUAUACGAUGGACAAGAGUUAUUAUUUGAUCACAAGGAAAGGUAAUUUAUAUGCAGGUGGUGUGAAUGAUUACUUUCAAACUUCUCCUAUUCGAUAUAGACAACCACCAAUAGCCACUCCAGAUCUCUAUCCUAAACUAUACGAUGGAAUUCCUUAUUUGGUAGCUCUUAGACAAACAAGAGUUUCCCUUUACACAAGAGAUGAAUUUUCAUGUUUUGGAUAUAAUUCAACAAAUGCCCUAGCAUGCUCAUCCCGUGGUUAUUGUGCUGCACCGAAUAGUUGUGUUUGUGAUGAGGGAUAUUUUGGAAAGGAAUGUGAAAUGCAAAGUUGUUUCAGAAAUUUCAAUUCGAAUGGAAAUCAACUGUUGAUGAGUGAUGUUUUCUGUAAGAAAAUCAAUAAAAUGUGGAAACAGUAG